GUAUCGGAUGAGGAGAAGGAAGAGGGGAGAGAGAAAAAAUAAAACGGUUUUGCGGCCAGAAGGGAGGCUAUCCCGUAACGGAUUGUGGAUGCAAAGAACUUCGACAGACAAGCAGAUAUUUUUUGAAUCGCUUCUGAAGCUACAUCUUUCUGUACAAGGACACCGGUGAAGGAUGAAUCUUGAAACCAGCGGCGGCAGGAGCGCGAACGGGGAUGCUGUGAUAUGUCCAUAGACGGCGAGGGAGGGAGAGAGCAAGGGAUAGAAGGGAGGAGGGAGGAGAGUACUACGCCAGCUAAAUAUUGUCAUUUUUUGUAGAACCACGAUUUAUUACAACCAUCCAAUCGAGCAUUUUACAUAAUAGAGAAAACGAUUAUUUCUCGAAAUAAAAAUAUAUUUUGGUCUGAACAGAAACGCAAGGUGAAAUUGUUGACAGACGUUGACUGGAGAAUACAGAUUGAAAGAAGUGUAGGCUAGUCCGAACGGGUGUGGAUAGCAGGGUGGCUGUUUUGACUCUCUGUUCCCCUCUAUUUCCUGAUACCAGGCCCUGGGAUAAUCCGAAGAGUGCACCGGAUAUUGGGAAAACCACCCCUCUGAGGCUAAAACGGAAUAUUACUAUUCAUAUAGCCUAAAGGGCGGAGCAGAGAUAGUUUACAUACCAAAAUGGGAUAACAAGAGGUGGAGGGAGACUAAAAUAUGUUACGAUAAUAAAAUUCUUUACAAAUGCCAUUAGUAUGUUAUUAUAAGGAUCACUGAUGGCAGUAACGGGUGUAGGCUAUGGGGUGCAGAAUUGUGUGCAAUCUAGCCGUUACAUGGAGCCUAUCUGAUUCAAUCAUUUUUGAUAGGCUAUUGCAGCUCCUUACAUCUAUCUGCCUGUACUAAUAUUAACAAUAGGACACAUUUAUUUCGUAUACUGUUAAUAAUAAUUGUAAUUCAUAAUAACUGGCAUCAUUUUGGACUUCUCAAAUAUGCACCUGCCAAUCUCCCUACGAAUUUCUCUCUUCCACUUUCUAACAUCCCAUUAUUUCAUUCCUGUUUAGUUAAUUCACGGUCGUUGAUAAUAAACUGGAGUUUACCGAAUUUAUAUCACGGUAACCGCAUAGAAAAAGGCAAGUGCAUGGGAGUAGCCCAGCCUAGACGAUAGGCCACGAAAUUGUCAUCACGACUACAACCGCUCUCUCCAUUCCUCCCUGUGACAAUAUCGCUAGGCGUCUGUAAUGCUAUUACCGUGGAGCCGUUCUACACCGAGGACCGAUAGCUAUAAAUUCCUAUUGAAAACAACAGUGAUUUGAUCUCCUUAUCAUCAUAUAAUUUCGCCUUCAACGCACGGACAUCAUGACAAGCAAGGAGCUGUCCGUAGGCCAGUCGGCCCAAUACGUCGGGCCUUACCGGUUGGAGAAAACCCUUGGGAAGGGGCAGACAGGUUUGGUGAAGCUGGGAGUCCACUGUAUUACGGGACAGAAGGUGGCCAUAAAGAUUGUGAACCGAGAGAAGCUGUCUGAGUCUGUCCUUAUGAAGGUGGAGAGGGAGAUAGCUAUUCUAAAACUAAUAGAGCACCCUCAUGUGCUGAAGCUGCAUGAUGUUUAUGAGAAUAACAAAUACCUGUAUCUGGUGUUGGAGCAUGUUUCAGGAGGAGAGUUAUUUGACUACCUGGUGAAGAAGGGCAGACUGACACCUAAAGAGGCCAGGAAGUUCUUCAGACAGAUCAUCUCAGCGCUGGACUUCUGCCACAGCCACUCUAUAUGUCAUAGAGACCUGAAGCCUGAGAACCUGCUCCUGGAUGAGAAGAACAACAUCCGCAUCGCUGACUUUGGCAUGGCCUCCCUACAGGUGGGGGACAGCCUGCUAGAGACCAGCUGUGGAUCUCCUCACUAUGCAUGUCCAGAAGUUAUCAGGGGGGAGAAGUAUGAUGGUCGCAGGGCAGAUGUAUGGAGCUGUGGCGUUAUUCUCUUUGCACUGCUGGUGGGAGCUCUACCCUUUGACCAUGACAACCUGCGCCAGCUCCUUGAGAAGGUGAAGAGUGGGGUGUUCCACAUGCCCCACUUCAUCCCCCCAGACUGCCAGGCCCUGCUCAAAGGAAUGAUUGAGGUCAACCCUGACAAGAGACUCACGCUAGAAGCAAUACAAAAACACUCAUGGUAUCUUGGUGGUCGUAACGAGCCGUGUCCGGAGCAGCCUCCUCCCAGGCGUGUGUGUGUGAAGAGGAUUGUGUCGCUGACAGAGCUGGACCCCGAUGUACUGGACAGCAUGCACUCUCUGGGCUGCUUCAGAGACCGGGGAAAACUGACCCAGGACCUGCAGUGUGAGGAAGACAACCAGGAGAAGAUGAUCUACUACCUCCUCUUGGACAGGAAAGAGCGUUACCCCAGCUGUGAGGACGAAGACCUGCCGCCCAGGAAUGAUAUAGGUCUCCCAGCAGAUCCCCCUAGGAAACGGGUGGACUCUCCCAUGCUGACCCGUCAUGGCCGGUGCCGGCCGGAGAGGAAGAGUCUGGAGGUGCUGAGUGUGACGGAGCAGGGCUCCCCCACACCCACGCGCAGGGCGCUAGACACCUCCGCACACAGCCAGAGGUCUCGUUCAGUCAGUGGAGCUUCAACAGGGCUCUCAUCAAGUCCUCUCAGCAGUCCCAGGAGCCCAGUUUUCACUUUCAGCCAAUCAGAAGUCACCUCCGCCUCCACCACCCACUCCAAAGACCCCAAACCAGGAAGUUCCACCACUCCCCGGCCGUCACAACGGACGACCGUGCCUGACCCCAAAACCCAGACUCUGCCCUCCAAAGGGCUCUCCGAUCGCCCUCACCUCCAGUCCAUGAAGUCACUACCUCUCCAAGCUCCCCCCUCUCCGUCCCCCUCACCCAUCCUCUCCCCCAUCCCUCGCUUCUUUUUUUUCCCCGCCCCCUCCGUCUUUAAGUCAGUCACUAAGAACAUCUAUCCUAACUCUGCCCCUGUGCCACAGGUCACCCCUCAGGGGUCUCCACUCCCCACCCCCCUGGGCACCCCCGUCCACCACCCCCAGCACCCCCCGCCCACCCCUCCCUCCUCCUCCUCAUCCUCCUCCUCCUCGCGGGCGGAGGGAGGCGGCGGGGGUGUGGGCGGGGGCGGAUCCCUCUCCCUAACCCCGCCCUCCAGCCCUGGAGGCAGCGGGGGGAUGGCCGCCAGUAGCUCCGCCCACUGGAGGACACGUCUCAACUCCUUUAAGAACAACCUGCUGGGAUCGCCACGCUUCCACCGACGCAAACUGCAGGUUCCAACACCGGAGGACAUGUCCAGUCUAACUCCAGAAUCAAGCCCAGAGCUGGCCAAGAAGUCGUGGUUUGGGAACUUCAUCAGCCUGGAAAAGGAGGAACAGAUAUUUGUUGUCAUUAGAGACAAACCGCUUAGUUCCAUCAAAGCUGAUAUAGUCCAUGCCUUCUUGUCUAUCCCGUCCCUGAGUCACAGCGUCGUCUCCCAGACCAGCUUCAGAGCAGAAUAUAAGUCCUCUGGUGGCCCCUCCGUCUUCCAGAAGCCUGUUAAGUUCCAGGUGGACAUUGCCUUCUCUGAGGGAGAGAGGGACAGAGAAAAGGAACGAGCCGAGAGGGAAGGAAAGAGGGAAAAUGGCAUCUACAGUGUGACUUUCACCCUCAUAUCAGGUAGUCCAAGUCGCAGGUUCAAGAGAGUGGUGGAAACGAUUCAAGCCCAGCUACUUAGUACUCAUGAUCAGCCAUCUGUGCAGGCACUGGCUGAUGAGAAGAAUGGGCAGCUGACCUCGCGUCCGCCCAGCACCCCGACCCGGCAAAACUCCCGACGUUCGGAAGGAGGCGGGGACCGGGGCGAGAGGUGUGACCGUGGUGACGCAGGGAUUGGGGGCAGUGGGAGCGUGCUUCAGAGGAGGAGCUCGGGCAAAGACAAGACCAGACUCCUUUCCUCCAACGGGACACAGUCCCAGCCCUGAGGGAACAUUCUGGAAACAGACAACAGGAUAGGACAGAUAGAGAGAGAUGACCCUAGAGAACAACACAGACAAACCCCCUCAGACUACCACUAUCACCACUACCACCGUCACAUCUACCAAACCACCUGACCCAGCAAUCAUCAUCACAAACCACUGCUUCAACCUGAAACGGGCCCAACAAGAUAGUUGGCCACCAAGAUGGAAGAAAGAAAAUAGCGGAUGAGAGUAAAUGUCACUCAGUGUGUCACUCGGUGUCACUCAGAUUAGCUUCAGAACAGAAGACAAGAUCAGAAAAAUGUCUAAUUGUACGUUUGAAGUACAACACAUCAUGCAACUGUCAACAACAAUAUGUAGCCAGUAAAAUAAGCGGGCAGACUUAUAUGGGGAAUGGCAGGCUCUGAAUGGUUAAAGGCUAAAAAAAAAUGUUUUGUUAAGUUAUCUGGUCUACAACCAAUAAGAUGAAAACCAUUGUGAAAAUUCCGAAAUAAUAUCAACAAUUAUAACAGUGUUUCCCAGUUGACGUGGAUCCACUUUUAAGUUUUACCUAACAUCGCUUUUUGGGACAGUGAGAGUGAAAUAUUACGGGUCAAGUCAAUUCAGUGGAUAUCAAGGAAACAGACAGGUUGGGUCCUUUCACUGGAUUCUCAUUAACGAUAAGUUACGAGAACAGAAACAUGGUAGAAUUUAAGAUAAUGAUGAGGAAGACUGCAUCAAAAUCAGAAUGAAGCGUCCAAAUGCAUCUUUGCAUCCAAGUAGCUCCAAAGAUGUCAAUACAGCUAUUUGAACAAAAUAAAGACAAAUAUCUGUUUUUCUUUAUAACUAAGCACCACAAUUGUAUGAUUCCUAAAAUGCAAUUGAAACAAACUUAUGAAAACCAUCUUGCCUUUAAAUGAGGAUUAAGCAACAGAUAUCUCUACAGAUAUCACCCAAGUUGAAGAAAAAUAACAGACGAGGCAUGGAAGAAAGUCUCAACGCCCCCACUACAACUGACAUCUGGAAUAUGUAGAGAUUUCAAACAGAUAAUGGAACGAUAUAACUAGAAUCAUUAGAGUAAUACUAUGAAUGGAACCCUCAGCAGAUCCUCUGAAUGAUGAGCUCUGUUCACUUCAGUCCAAUGGAAGAUGAAGAAGAUGUAGUUCACAGGAAGUUACCUUCAUCGGUUGUUUAUUCCAGGAGGACUGAACCAAGCACUCCACAUACAUUAUUGUUUUCUACAGAAAACAACCAACCCUCCCUCCUCCCUCCCUUACAUUCACAAUAUGGCCGACAUGGGGCACUGAAUGAUGCGGCUUUUGAAAAGGCCCUAAACUGACUUGUUCUGUUAAGAGAGCAGAGGGUGGUGAGGAGGUGGAAAAGCUCAUUUCAAGAAACAAAAAGAGACUUUGACUUAAGGAUGACAGAGAGAAAAACAUUGAAACGGCUGCACACUCAUUCCCAGGAGAGGAAAGGAACAGACCACACAAAAAUAAUGAAAUCCAUUUAGUUUUUUGUUUCCUUUCACCUUUUGUUUAUGUGAUUUGAGCACAAAUGAGUUUGAUGUUUGCCGCCAACAAAAUGGAGAUAACGCUAACCAAGUGAAUGUCAAAAACAAACACUAUUGUGACAAUAUUUAUUUAUUUCAUUUUAUGUCGUAGAUUUAUUUAAUAUUUAUUUAUGUAUUUAUUUGUUGAUUUAUAUAUUGCAAAGAGGAAAUGUAGUGGAAAGGGAAGAUGCUGACAAAAAUAGAGGGGAAAGUUCUGUUGGAAUAUUGGAACAGCAUUGAAACUGACAAAAUGGCUGCUGUAGUUGAAACCAGAUUGAACCCUCUUUUCCAGAGCGAGUCAGAAAACAACCUCUUGUCCAUUCAUUCCUCAAUGUUUUAGAAACCAAUGCUGCAAAAUUUCUUCCAGCUCUUUUUGAUGUCUUUAUUGUUGAUUUGUCUUUGUUUGGUAUAAUGAAGAUUUCCCAUUUAAAGCAACAAAACAAAACUAAUUUUAAGAAAUGAACCAAGGAUAGAUUUGAUGCUUUGGGAAUUUCUGGGAUGGCAAAAAAUAUGAAAAUCUUCCAUGAAGUAAAUAAAAAAUUAUCUCAUAGACAUUUGAAAAAGCAGAGAGCAGGAAAGGGUAGGGAUAGUAAUCUCUAAUUCCUUCUCUGUCAUAUUCUGCUAGAAUGUUGUUACUUAAGCGUACAAAGAUAUGGACACACCACAUAAAAACACUGACUGAGGGCCCAACACCACGUGCAGAACACAAGCAGUAUUCACAUACACACGGACCCUCCUGUUCUUUCAGAGAAAAAAAAAACUAUUAUAAAUUUGACCUUAAAAUUGGAAUGCACUGUCCUAAAAGACACAAAACAAAUAAAGUGGUUUCCCCCUACCAUCCCUUCGCCCUUGGCCACUGCCAUGCCCCCCCAACCCCUUCAUUACGACCCCCCUCAUACCCCUUCCCCUUGCACAGAGCACCAAAAGAAAACACAAGUUUCGUUCUAGUCGCUCCCCUAGUCCCUCCCUAGUCCCUCGUCGUCACCUUGUUGUUUCAUGCCACUACCAUUAAGCACCUAUUAUCAGUCUCACCCUGCCUCACCAUUCCUUGGCUGUGACCACAGCACCAGUGACUAAGAAUCACCGCUGCAAGUUAUACCACGUCCCCAUCAGCCAUCAUCACACUUCAUAUCAGUCGGAGUCAACACACUGCUACCGUAGGAAACAACUGCUUGUACAGCAAACAGGGCGAUUAUUGUAACUCUUUAUUUAUCAUACUCUGUCUAUAACAGCUGUACUGUAUACUUAAUUGGUGUGAAUCGGCCAUUUACCAUGAAAUACGAAAAGAGUGGGAGGCAGUCUUCCUCGAUUUCCUUGCCUAGGGCUCGUCUCGCUCCCCUUCCCCACAGCAAAGAACAUGGUUAUUUAUUGUUGACUUUAGUAGCUCACCUCUCAUUGUAGCUCACACCCUUCACUCAAGGCCUUUUGGCAGGAAUCAUGUACCCAUUUUCCUACUAUCGUGACGAACCGUACGUACUGUACUGUGCUGUCUUGGAUAUUUUCCUUUCACAUAGUCCUUUCCAGCAUGGUUCCAGGAACUAUUGUGAAUGUGUAACCAGGCUAGCCGAGCUAGUCGCCAAUGAAAUGCUGCAUGACACUACUCGAAAGCAAUGUGGCCCCGUAGGUGAUGAUGACAGUGAAUGUUUUUUUUACUGCAUUAAUAUAGGUGGAUCCAGCACCGUCCUGCACAGAAUAGUAGUAGUAAGAGUUUGAAUCGCCAGGAAUUUGUUUGAGCGCCUUAAGAUGAUGCGUACGGAGGGAGGUACAUGUCUGUUAUAUUUGCUCGACCUGUCAGUGUGUGUCCCCGGUGUCUGUGAGAUUGUGUGUGCACGACUACUCAGAGCCCUCAUCCUCCCCCACGCCACAUUCUAGGUCAGAGGUCAGGGUCAUUUGAAUGGGAGAUAGAUGUGACACAAGACCCACGACCCCACAGUCUUUAAUUUUCCAUUACCCUGUGCUAAAAAACAGAGUUAGUGGGAGACCGUGUUACCCUUACCGUUUGUAUAGGUGGGGUAGGCCUCCCUGCCCAGCUCUGUUGCUUCACGUUUAAAAGAGUUUGGCUUCUAUUGGUUUCAAUUGGCGUUGUUGAGGCCAGAGGGCCUGGACGUUGCUGUUACUGAGAGAUUUGACACCCCGCCUUGCCUCGCCUGAAAACAAAAACUAGGGGAAAUGCUUGCUGGAGACACAACUAGAGCGAAACCCUUAGACAUUCUGUGUAAAUAACCGUUCAAAGUAAACGAUGGGAUGAGGGGAGCUGUUUCAACCCCAUUGUGGGUGAAUCUUACUGCAACCACCCCAACUCCCUCCUUGCCCCCUUCCUACACCCUCAUCUCUUCCCCCUCUAUCUCUUCUUAAACCCCCCCACCCUCUCAUCCAGAUGAAAAUACCUCAACCCAACCCCAUCCUUAUAUAAUCACACCCCUAUCCAUUGUAUACAGUAAGUAUGAAACCAUAUCUUGAUUCUUUAUUCACACUGUACUCACAAUAUGAUUAUUGUCAUCAUUAUUGAUCAUUCCAAGAUUGUAAAAUUGUAAUCCCCCCUUCAUACACAGUAGAACAAAACAAUUCGUAAAUAUUUAAAACAGUAAUGUGGGGGGAAAAAACAUGAUGAGGAUGAUUAUAUAAGAAAUGUCUGUAUUAUAUAAAAAAAAAAUGAAAGUGCACUAUUAUGAUUAUUAUUGCCUGUGAUAAAUAAAGAACAAUAAACUACAUCAGAA